UGCUGUAGGACAGGAACAGAUUAUUUGUCCAGAGCCUGGUAAAGAAGAAGCUGUGUGAAACAAAGACAGCUCCAUAUUAUAUAACCAACUGAAAAUGCAUCUCUGGAUUUAUCUGGUUUUCUUUUGGAAGGCUAUUCUCUGCGAGCCUCUCAAGGACCACAUGUUAUGCACGGAUCUGUUUACUUGCUACAGUGCGCAUUACACCAGUGUGGCAUAUGACUCAGCGUUCUGUGAGAAUAAGGGAGUUUUGACCACCAUGUCCACUGAGCAAGAAAACCAAAGCAUCCUGCAGCUUUUAGAAAACACUAACAGUGGAAAUGUUUCAUUCUGGAUAGGCCUCAAGAGAGAAAAGCAACAAUGUACACAGAAAGAGUUAAAACUUCGGGGAUUUAGUUGGAAAGAUGGGGGCAGUAAUCAAACUGAAGUAAGUAAAUGGAUUAAAGAACCAGCACUAACAUGUACAGGAAGUCGUUGUGGAGCCCUUAAAGUAUCACUCAACAGAAACAAAGUGGUACAAGAAUGGGGCUGGGAAGAAGAAAACUGUAAAAAGCUGGAUGGUUUUAUUUGUAAGUAUCAAGAUAAAGAAAUGUGCAAGGCACUCCAGAUGAAAGGUAUGUCAAUAGUGAACUACACAGCACAUUAUCAGUUAACGAUGCUACAGUAUUUACCAUCAAAGACCUCAGCAAAUGUCACUUGUCAAUCUGGAAAAACUGUUCUCUUGAAGUGCCAGAAUCAGACGUGGCAACUGACAUCCAGCGGAUACACAGAUUUGGAAUACAUGUGUUCGUGCAAAGAAGGUCACACUCAAAGCGAUGCAGGUAAAUGUGUAGACAUUGAUGAAUGCAAAAAAAACCCAUGCGAGUUUAAAUGUGUCAACACUGUUGGCAGCUUUGCUUGUGAGUGUGAUAAAAGCAAAGGGUAUGCUCUUGGAGAAGACAAAAAGUCAUGCAUCCGUCAAAAAGGAAUCCGAAUAGGGUCUGGUAGUACAAGAAUGCCUUUUGCUGACAUCACCAGUAUAGCGAAUGACAUGGCUCCAAAUGCUGAUGAAAAACACCUCACUGAGUCUUCUACUCGCUUAUCUUCCACACAUCAGCCUUUGAAUGAAAGGAACCCAGCUCCAACUUCAGCUUCAGGCUUCACAACUCUGGUUCACGAUGAAGACUUUAAAAGCAAGGAAACCCGGUCGAAUGUGUUCAUUCCCGUUGUGGUUGGAAUUGUGGUUUUGGUUCUGUUGAUUGUAAUUGUGGUUGGUGUGUUUAAGUGCUGCUUCAGAAAAAGCUCUAAGACAUUGAAGUCCAGGAAAAGAGAACCAUCAAAUGGUUCAAUGGAUCUAUCAGCUAAAAACACUGACUCAGCACAGCAUGUGAAUGAAAAUGCUAUUGAAAAUGAGAACAAUUACGUUGCUAGUUGAGAAGUUGAGUGUACUUAAGUCUAAUGAUAACAACUGCAAGUUUUUUUUUUGUAUUAGAAAAUUCAUGUGUAUUUUCAUUUUAAGUUUUUGUUUUCUUUCAGGAGAUGUGUAUACAAAUGGCAAUGUAUUAUAUUGCAAAAAACAUCUGUUUGUAUGCCCUGUUUGAAGAUUUAUGAUAAAGAGUAAUUUGUUGUA